UCCUCGGUGCGCUGUCCACUUCAGCACCACAAGCCGAGUCGAGGCAGCGGGCUAGCUAACGCUGAAGAGGAGGAGCGGGGACUAAAAAAGACACGGCUCAGCAUCAGCACCAGCACCCGACCCGGAGUCCCUCAGAUACGGACGAAUAGCAACCGAAACACCGACGAGGGGAAAGACUGCGGCGAAGACUUCAGUAACCAUGUACGAUGCGGCAAGGGUGCCGUCUCCUAAAGAUGGUGCGAACGGGGUGGCCCAACCUGUGGUGCCCGGAGCAGGGGCAGCAGCGGGAGCAGGACCAGCAGCAGGAUCAGGGGGGUUGACUCCGACUGCAGCCCUACAAGCCAAAACCGAGGAGGGACAGCCAGGUGCAGAGGAGGAGGAGGAGGAGGAGGAGGAGGAAGAGGAGGAGGAGAAGAAGCCCAAAGUAGAGACGGUCCUGAUGAAGAAGCCUCACAGAGAGAUCCUGGACCACGAGAGGAAGAGGAGGGUGGAGCUGAAAUGUAUGGAGCUGCAGGAGAUGAUGGAGGAGCAAGGGUACACAGAAGAAGAGAUCCGACAGAAAGUGAGCACAUUCAGACAGAUGCUGAUGGACAAAGAGGGGGUCAUUACCAGAGAGGGCUCACACACACAACCAGGCGUGAACCACCUGCACUAUCAUCCCGACCAGUAUGAACAGGACCCUGAGGUGGUCGGCUAUGAAGACGGAGGCUAUGAACAUGAUUACCAUAGUGACAACAGGGUGAAGAGGAAAUCAAGCAGCUCUCCGUCCCCUCGACCGAAGAAGAGGAAGAAGAAGAAAUCUGGCCGCAGAAGGAGUCGGUUCGGCAGCUCGUCACCCACUCACAGAGAGAAGAAGAAGAAGAGUGGGAAGAAACACAAGAGAGACAGAUCUGCGUCUGACUCCCGGAAAAAGAGGAGAUACAGAUCUGGCAGCCCAAAGAACAAACACAAAGACAAGAACAAACAGAAAAAGAGGUCCCCCGGUGAGACCCCGAGCAGGAGUUCACAGCGUCAAGGAAGCUGCUGCAGCUCCCGUAGUGCCUCCCUGUCCUCCAUCCGCAGCACCUCCAAAUCUCCCACCAGAUUGAACUCCAAGCACAAGACAGAUGGACAAAAAGCGUCGGGCACCUCGCUGUCCCCGGGCUCCAACGCUCCCACCGCUUGGCACAACGGGGACCACACCCAGCGGAGCCGCAACGGAAAGGCCGGCAGACUCAACCACAGCGAGGGAGAGAAAGGGCACGAUAAGCUCCGUCUGCUGACCUCCAGCUCUGACGGCCUCCAGUCCACUCUGCUGAGAGAGCAUAAGCUCCACAGCGGCCCUGGCAGGAGCCAAACGGGACAAAUGUGCACAGCGGGAGAGGCUGGGAGUGUGGACGGCAGGAACACAGCUGUGAACCAGACGUCGGGGAGGAGAGGGAGUCAGAGAGGCCAGAAUAAGAGCUCCCACUCCCCCGCUCACAGCAGCAACUCGGCCCACUCGCAGCACAACCACGCUCACAGAGGGAGAACCCCUCGGCAUCAGAGGAAGACAAAAGGUGGCCACUCUUCCAAGCGCCACCACCGCUCUACUCGAGGUCAGGCUCACCACCGGAGCACGUCGGCAUCUCCAGGACGCCACUCGCACGCAUCGGGCAGGAAGAAAGAGGAGUCUCGAAGCAAACCAAACCUCCGGCAGCGCAGCAGCUCCUGGAGCAGCGGCCGUUCGUCGUCACGUUCUGCCUCCAGAGACAGAGGGCCGAGCAAGGCCAAGUCCCCCCACAACAGACAGAAUAACUCCAGAGAGAGGGACAGUGCCAACCGCUCCGACACCGACAGCCGAGCCCGCCGUCGCUCACGCAGCUACUCGCCCAUUCGUAAAAGAAGAAGAGAUUCUCCCAGCUUCAUGGAGGCUCGCAGGAUCACCAGCGCUCGGAAGCGGCCGAUCCCGUACUACAGACCAAGUCCGUCCUCAUCCAGCUCCGACAGCAGUCCGGCGCGCUCCAGCCGCAGCCGGAGCCGCAGCUACAGCAGCUACAGCCGCAGCAGGAGCCACAGUCGGAGCCAUAGCAGGAGCCGGAGCCGCAGCCGGAGCUGGAGCCGUAAUCGCAGCCAAAGCCGGAGCUGGAGCCGCAGCAGGAGUCGAUCCCGCAGCCACCACAGCUACUACAGCCGCAGCAGCUACGACAGUCCGGGAUUCUGAAGGAAACGGACAGAAGAGAAACAGAAUCAAAGAGAGAAGUCCUGAUAGGUUUUACGAUGAUGGUCCAGGGCCCCUCGACCCCCCACCCACCCCCACCUCUAUCUCUCUCUAAAGCCGAGCUUGGAUCAAAGAGGAGAAUGUUUUUUUAAAUAUAGCACAUCACUAUCGAAUUGGCUGCCACUGUUCAUUAUAUCGUAUACAAAGGAAAAGUCCGGUAGAGCCCAGAGAACAAAUCUUGCUGUAUGUAAGCACUUUUUCUCUUCUUCCACCAAGCAACCAAAAAUGAAUCAAGUUAAAACUAUAUAUACACUCUAUCUAAAUAUAUAUAUACUACAAAAAGGAGCCGAGUAGAAAGAAGAAACGUGGACGCAACAGCAGCUCACUUUACAUUUCAGAAAAUCAGACUUUUUUUCUUCUUCCCUCAUCACGAACUCGUCUCCUCAAAGACUUUCAUUUCAGCGAUGCAGCGCGAUCAACAAAAGUGAGAACAAAAAAGAGAAAGUCGGAGGAUGAAAUCGUAAGCGAAAAACAAUUGGAAAAAGGAACUUUUU